AAACACACCAGACAUCAUGGGAAUCCCACAAGCAACAGACAUGGUGCAAACCAGCGGCGGGCAGCCUUCUUUGGCCAAGGAUCUCUUCGAGGACAUGGGUCGCAAGGCAGAAGAGGUGUCCAAUAACAACGAUGAGCAGAAAGUGGUCGACGAGAUUGAGAGCUUGUGCAUGAAUUGUCACGAAGAUGGAAUUACCAGGCUGCUGCUCACGAGAAUCCCAUUCUUCCGAGAAAUCGUUAUCAUGUCGUUCAGUUGUGAGAAGUGCGGCUUCCAAAACAACGAGAUUCAGUCUGCUGGCCAGAUUCAGCCCAAGGGUGCGAAAUACGCCUUACGAGUGGAGAAGGAGGACGACUUGCAGCGCAAUGUGGUGAAGAGCGAUGUGUGCGCAUUCAGGAUAGAGGAUGUUGACUUGGAGAUUCCUCCUGGCAAGGGACAGUACUCGAACGUUGAGGGCAUCAUCCGAGCAGUCAAGGAUGACUUGGAGUCGCAUCAAGACGCGCGCAUGCAGCAAAUGCCAGAAGUCGGUGCGAAGGUGGCAGAGAUCAUUCGCACAAUGGAAGACAUGCUCAACGGACACAAAUACCCAUUCAUGAUAUCCGUGGAUGACCCCACUGGCAAUAGCACGAUCGAGCCACGGCCAGGUGAUGCGGCAGGCAAAUGGGCAAAGAGCGAGUAUAUCCGGACAGCAGCACAGAAUGCAGCGCUUGGACUUGGAGACGACGUGCCAGCACCAGGAACUGAAGCACCUGAGACUUCUUUACGGCCCGAAUACCAUUCACAAGGCCUCGUUGGGGGAGAUGAUCCUACAGCAGCAGUACAGGCCAAUAAUGUCGAUCAGGAAGAAGACAUUGUAGAGAAUCAAGUCUACAGUUUCCCCGCAUCAUGUCCCGGCUGCACGAGACCAUGCGCUACGAACAUGAAGAUGGUGAAUAUUCCAUUCUUCAAGCAGGUUGUGCUAAUGUCAACAGUCUGUGAAUCUUGCGGCUACCGAAGUAACGAGGUCAAGACUGGUGGCGAAGUGCCGGAGAAGGGACGAAAGAUUACAUUGAAAGUCAGCACAAAGGAAGAUCUGGCGCGAGAUAUCCUGAAGAGCGAGAGCGCCGCGCUCAGCUGUCCAGAGCUACAGUUGCGCGUGGAGCCUGGUACCAUGGGAGGCCGCUUCACUACCGUCGAAGGCAUUAUGACCAACAUUCGGAAAGACUUGCGAGGACAAGCCUUUGGCCUUGAGGAUGGCGAUGCGGAUCUGCCUGAUGGUUCUGGUGAUUCAAUGGCAUCUGACAGUAAGAAGCAAUGGGAGGAUUUCUUCACACUGCUUGGUGAUGCCAUUGAAGGUCGCAAAGAAUUCACACUCAUCCUUGAGGAUCCUCUUGCUGGCUCAUAUGUGCAAAGCUUGACUGCACCUGAGCCCGAUCCGAAGCUAGAGCUCGAGGACUACACCAGGACGCACGAUGAAGAAGAAGAUCUUGGCUUGAACGAUAUCAAGACGGAAGGCUACGAAGAAGAUAAUGUCGAGACAACAUCAUGAGGGAUGAGAGAGAGAGAGGAUUAUGUGGACCGUGAAAAAGUAGUGCACUACGCAUGGACGAGACAUACUCGAAUCAUGAAGCCAAUGAUACUUGAGAGAUCGAGCGUCUUGACAACGACCGACUCUUGACUCGUUAUCGACAUCGCAGAGAUGACUGUUUUGGAGAACUCGCCUUUUCGAUACUCAUUUGCCUGUUCUGAACUGUGUAGAUCAGAAUUGAAGGGACGGUAUCAAACUUCAUGCUGACGAUAAUGAAUGAAAGACAUGAAAAUCUAGGUAGGUUCAAGCCGCUUCAUAUCGCGGCUGAGGACAGCAAAGGUAAGAUAUAUAUGCUGUCUCCGUGAGUGGUUCCCACCAAGCUUCCAUACCAGAGUCACG